AUUUAAAUAUGGGGUGAAAAUUCCAGCAGCUCCAUAAGCACACACGGUUUUUCUCCUUCUCAUGUCCAGUGUGUGUGUGUGAGUUACACAGGAAGAUGAUGAGCUGGGCCAUAGCCACUCUGGCUGUCGGGAUCGCCACUCUCUUGCUCGUCCAGAGGAAGUUGUACCCGUACUUCUGGGAAGACUUGCUGUAUUACGUGAGGGUACGGCUGGUGGGGAAGGCGAUGAUGGCGAGGAUGAAGCGCGGAGUUGUCACAUAUCUCCAGUGCUUUGAGCAUCAAGCCAGAAACAUCCCCCAGAAAGCGUUCAUCGUGUUUGAGGACCAGGUGCUCUCGUACAGGGACGCAGAUGUGCGCAGUAACCAAUUCGCGAACGUGUUGCGGUCUCACUGCGGGCUGAGACACGGGGAUAUCGUGGCGCUCCUCAUGAACAACGAGCCUGACUUCAUCUUCGUCUGGUUCGGGCUCUGCAAGCUGGGCUGUGAGGUCGCGUUUCUCAACUUUAACAUCAAAUCCCAGUCUCUGCUGCAUUGUCUGCACAGCUGUGGCGCUAAAGCGCUCGUCGUCGGCUCAGACCUGAUGGUGUCUCUUGAGGAGGUGCUGCCGACACUGAUGGACUCUGGGAUAGAUGUGUUUGUGGCAGCAGAGAGUUCCUCACUGAAGGACUCUGGGAUAGAUGUGUGUGUAGCAGCAGAGAGAUCCUCACUGAAGAACAUCAGGACUCUGCUGGACCAGCUGGACUCAGCCUCCCCAGAGAAGCCUGAGCUUGAUGCUCCUCCACCAAACCUCAUGGACAACUUCUUGUUCAUCUUCACAUCUGGCACUACAGGACUGCCGAAAGCUGCUCGGAUCAGUCACAUCAAAGCUGUGAUGUGUAUGGCCUUCCUCGGCUUGUGUGGCGCUCGUGGCAGUGAUCGAGUCUACCUGCCGCUGCCGCUUUACCACAUGUCUGCGUCACUUCUCGGCAUCGGCGGGUGCAUCCAGCUCGGGGCGACGUGUGUUUUGAAGAGGAAGUUCUCUGCCAGUCAGUUUUGGAAGGACUGUCUGAAGUAUGAUAUUACUGUGUUUCAGUAUAUUGGAGAACUCUGUCGGUAUUUGGUCAAUCAACCAAAGACUGCAGAGGAAGCCUCACAUAAAGUCCGCCUCGCCGCUGGAAGUGGACUUAGAGCGGAUGUCUGGAAGGAGCUUGUCAGACGGUUUGGAAAAAUCCAAAUUCGCGAAGCUUAUGGUUUGACUGAGGCCAGUAGGCUCGUUAAUUACACAGAUGAAAUUGGACCAAUUGGACGAGCAAGUUAUUUUAAUAAGCUCAGUCUGCCUUUUGAGUUUUUAAAAUGUGAUCCACAAACGUAUGAGCCCAUACGGACAGAAUCGGGACACUGCAUUAAAGUGAGUAAAGGGGAAGCAGGGUUACUGGUGGCUCCAGUGAUGUUCACCAACCCUUUCCUGGGCUACGCCGGGGAUAAAGCCAUGUCUGAGAGGAAGCUGCUGAGGGACGUCUUCAGGACGGGGGACGUGUAUUUCAACACGGGGGAUCUGAUGCUUCAGGACCACAGGGACUUUGUCUACUUCAAAGACAGGAUUGGAGACACGUUCAGGUGGAAAGGAGAAAAUGUGUCCACCACUGAGGUGUCCGAGGUGCUGGGCGGCUUGGACUUCCUCCUGGACGUCAGUGUGUACGGGGUCACUGUACCAGGAUACGAGGGUCGAGUGGGAAUGGCUGCUGUUGUCCUGAAGGAUGAUCAUGGAUUGGAUGGAGAGAGACUCUACAGUCAUCUGAUCCACACACUCCCUCCGUACGCAUGGCCGUGGUUUCUAAGAGUUCAGACUUCCUUAGACAUGACAGACACGUUCAAGCAGCAGAAGGGAAGACUGGUCCAGGAGGGCUUCAGUCCUCAUACAGUCCAGCAGCCUCUCUACUUCCUGGACUCUUCGCAGAAAACCUACACCCCCCUCACUGCACACAUGUAUCAACACAUCAUAUCAGGCAAAAAGAGGCUGUAGAUGCAUUGUGGGAAAUGCAGUGACCCGUGAAACGAUGCGUUCAGAAUGCAUGCACAUCACUAGAUGACAUGUGGAAGUGGAUUUACUCUCCAGUGUAUCACAGUGGUCAGCCUUUUAUGAAUUGUUUGUGAGUUUUUAGUGUUCUGGUUAUAAACCAGUAGGUGUCUAUUGGGUACUGAGCCCAGAUAUACCAGAAUGAUUUUAAGAUUAAUUAACAUCAAUAAAGAAAACAAAUUAAUACUAUAAUCAGUUACAAGCUGAGUGGAGUGGUUAGAAAGUAUUGUUUACUUGUUUUACUAACAGUAAAGCACAGAAAAGGGUUUUACGUGUAUUAAUGUAUAAUAAUCUAACAUCAGUUUAUGAGUAUUAUCUGCUCUUGUUCUAUUUCUGAUGUCUGAUAUGUUUGUUACAGCAGGACUUCUACAAGUGGAUUCUAUGAAUUGGUUUUAUAACCUCAAUAAACAAGCAAACGUGCCUUUUCAUUUAUAUGCAACAAUGUAAAUAAUUAAAUGAAAUGUAAUUGGACAGUAUAUUAUUUUUUUUAUAUUGUAUUUGUAGCUCUAAUCAUUUCCACCUUCCAGUUCAAGGCCAGUUCAUACUGUCUGUUGUGUGUUAGUGCUGGACACUGGAAAACCUCAUGGAUUGUUCUGGCAUGUAUGACAAAGUGUAAUUGUUAUUCAGUUGUUAGCAUCUCACUUACAUAAUAAUAAAAUUAACUUUUUUAUCGUUCA